AUGUCCUUAGUCACCGAGGCACCGGGCUUCCUUCAAGUCUUCUCCGAUGGCACGGUCAAACGCUUUAACCCUAAGACUGUCGACCCAUCGGCAACCCUCUCGGACAAAUACAAGUCCAAUGACGUCACAAUCGACCCAUCCAAGUCAAUAACCGCUCGAAUCUUUUCUCCCUCCGACCCAGUCAGUCAACCAAAACAACAACAACAACAACAACAAAAACUCCCUGUCAUCGUCUACUUUCACGGUGGCGGCUUCUGCAUCGGCUCCACCACAUGGCUCGGUUACCAUGUCUUCCUCGGCAACCUGUCGGCCGUCGCUCAGGCCUACAUCGUCUCAAUCGACUACCGCCUCGCCCCGGAGCACAGACUCCCGAUUGCCUACAACGACUGCAUCGCCGCCCUUGAGUGGCUCGGUUCGGCCAGUGGGCCGUGGCUUGACCGAGCCGACCGCUCGAGGGUUUUCCUCUGCGGGGACAGCGCCGGAGGGAACAUAGCGCACCGAGUCGCGGCGCUGUCCGUGAAAGGGAAUAUCCCGGGAAUUGGGAUCCGCGGGCUCUUGCCGAUCCACCCCUUUUUCGGGAGCGAUGAGCGGACGGAGUUAGAGGCGGCCGGCGGUGGAGGGUCGGCCGAUGAGGUGGCGAUGAACGACAUGUUCUGGCGGCUGAGCUUGCCGGAGGGGUCGGGCCGUGGCUUUUACGGGUGCGAUUACACGAAGGAGGAUGCCGAGUGGGCUCGUUUUCCGGCGGUUUUGGUGUUCGUGGCCGGGAUGGAUUUCUUGAGAGAGAGAGGGGUAAUGUAUGCGGAGUUCUUGAAGGGGAAUGGUGUGGAGAGGGUGAACUUGAUUGAGGCUGAUGAGGAGGGGCACGUGUUUCACGUGUGGAACCCGGAGUCGGAGGCCACAUUUGUGCUGCAAAAGCAGAUUGCUAUCUACCUUCAUUUUUUGAGGUUCUCUUCCAUGUUCUCCCCCUCUGAGACUCUUCUGGUUUCUUGA